AUGCAGAUCUUCGUCAAGACCCUCACGGGUAAGACUAUCACCCUUGAGGUGGAGUCCUCCGACACCAUUGACAAUGUCAAGUCCAAGAUCCAGGACAAGGAAGGUAUUCCUCCUGACCAGCAGCGCCUGAUCUUCGCCGGCAAGCAGCUCGAGGAUGGCCGUACCCUUUCGGACUACAACAUCCAGAAGGAGUCCACCCUUCACCUCGUGCUUCGUCUGCGUGGUGGUGGUAAGAAGCGCAAGAAGAAGGUCUACACCACCCCCAAGAAGAUCAAGCACAAGCACAAGAAGACCAAGCUCGCCAUCCUUAAGUACUACAAGGUUGACGGCGACGGCAAGAUCGAGCGUCUUCGCCGCGAGUGCCCCGCUCCCGAGUGUGGUGCCGGUGUCUUCAUGGCCGCUAUGCACAACCGCCAGUACUGCGGCAAGUGCCACCUCACCUACGUCUUCGACGAGGCCAAAUAAA